CAGCAUCCGCAGCAGCAGCAUCAGCAGCAGCAGGUCAACAGCAAGAGAAGAGGAGCAAGUGGAGGAGGAGAGCGCAUCACAAAGUUUGAGGCAGCAGCGGCCACACGUGCAGAGACACCGUAUCAGGUGGUGAUUUUAAAAAGGAGCUGCAAUCACUCCCCGGGACUCUCUGACUACAUUACGUCUGGUAUCCACCCCCUUUGUCAUGUCUACAGACGACUGCUGGAGCACAACCAGAUUCUUGCAGUAGCCAGAAGAUCAAAUUUGGAUGAAGAUAACUCACCUUGUCAAAUCCUUCACACUCAUUUGUUACCUCAUACCAAUUUUAUAGUAGCCUCUGACAGCUCUAACCUACUUAUCAAGUGAGAAGGGAUUUCGCUGCGUUUAGCCAGCAUCAUCAGCUACGGUGAUGAGCACCGUUUUAUAUUCAGGACAAUCGAUUCGCUGACCUUCUGAUCCCAUUAGCCACACACAAACACUCACACAGACACACCUGGUGUUGGCCUUCUGUAGAUGCUUGGAAGUCUUGUGUUUUUAACACCUUGGUUUGGCUCCCUGUUGCCACACCUAGAGACUUUAACAGCUAUACCAAAUUGAAUCCAUCUGCACACUAUAGUCUCCCAUAGAGAACACUGACCUUGACUGUGAGUCGGACCUGUGUAUGUGUUUGCAUUAGUGGGAGGCAGGGAGUGACACGUCCUGUCUGCUCUGUUUGAAAGUUAGAAGGAGAGCUGAUGCCAUGGAGCAGCCCCGACAAAUACUUUAAAAACAGAACCGCUGGGGGUUAGAAGAAGCUCAAAUAGGAAAAACCAGAGAGCUAAAUUAGACGGUUUAGUCAGUUACUUUCAAAGGCAUAGCACUAAAAAAGUAGUGCAUAAUAAUUGAAAAGUGGAUGUGUGUGCGUGCCUGUCACAUUGUCAGAGCAUAUUAGAGCUGGGCUUUUCUAGGUCGUCUCACUUUGACUGACCUAGAUUUGUCAAAAGAAUCGGGCUAGCUGAGGAAGAUGUGAUGUGACAUUGCACCAUAGUUCUUUUUUAUUUGUUUACUACCUGCUAACUACUUACUGCUAACAUAAACUUAACCCAACAAACAGGUUCAAUUAAAUAUAAGUUGUAAACUGCCUUUUCAUAAAGCCUUGUAAUCACAUCCCGGUAUCCCGCUUGGCCUCUUAUCCCUCAUGAACACCUUUCCUGACUUCUCUACACAUCUUCCUAAUACACCAACCAUCCAGUCAGUGAGUAAGCCUUGCCUUCGGGCCCCGUGGAGGAUGAAUGAUGUGCCCACUCUUGACUACGAGUUGCUGCUGUCCCCGGCCAGCUCUUCGCUCCCUGGCAGUCCUGGCGGUGGCAGCAGCAGCAGUCCCCCGCUGGCUUUGGUUGGGGUGGACACUGAGCAGCGCACAGCCUUGGCCUUCGUAGGCCUCCUCAUGCUUUUCCUGGUCUUCCUGCUGGUCAGGUGCUUCAGGAUCCUGCUGGACCCCUACAGCCGCAUGCCUGCAUCAUCCUGGACUGACCACAAGGAGGGGCUGGAGAGGGGCCAGUUUGAUUAUGCAUUGGUGUAGUGAUGUAACUGUUGUAGAGGGUGUGGAAUGAAGAAUAUUUUAUUGCACAUAGACAGAAUGUUUAAUUUUGUUGUAAAAAUGGACACAAAUUUUGUGAAUGCACUUAAAGAGGGGUAUUUCCCCAAUGUUGGAGUAUAACUAUUUUUACGAGACUGCAGGACCCUUUGUAACAGGUCUGGUUCAACACAGACAACUGGAAUCUCAGUGAGCCAUACAGACAGAGCAAACGUUGGACCAUGAAUGACAAAUAAUGAGCUGCACAGCUGCCUUAACCUGACCUAUUUAGUCCAAAAUGCUAACACAUCACAACAUCACUUUAGGGCUACAUUUUACAAACUAAGGCUUGUCAUUAUUUAAACAUGGUAUGGUUUUUUAAGGACCACAAACACUCACCUUUCACCAUAUUCCCAUGGUGACCAUUUUCCUCUGAGAUCACAAAUGGCUGGCAGGUGAAAUGCUGUCAUAAAAUCAGAACAGCUGUGUUCCAGGUUGGAUUGUCAAAAGCUGGAGGUAAAAUCAGCCACAUUUUGAGCAAAUGCAAUCUUUUACUACAGUUUACAUGAGCAUCCAAAAACCUCACAGCUAACAUUACCAUUGCAUAACUUGCUAAAGGAAAUGUUAGCUGGAUAGUUAAAGGUUAUGUUUUAUAUUUUUAAGAUUAUGUUAAUUGGCUCCAGUAGUGAUUAUGUAAAGACUACAUGAUAUGAUAGAAAAUGCAUUCAUUGUUAAAGGGGCUAUAUGUAACUUUCAAAAAUACUGCGUUUGUAGUGAUACCGCAUGGCCGUUAG